AUGUUACAAGAUAAACACGACUCCCACUCGUAUCUCAUGCAGCAUGCUGCAACUUGGAGGAAGGAAAUUCUCAAUGCUGUCAAUGAUGGUGCAUCGACGGAUGCUAUUGCUGUUCUCUUCUCCGCCGAGUCUGCCGCGGCCGUUCUGGGGCGUCGUGGGAUUGCGGAAACGGGAGAAAGAAGAGACAAAAUCAGAAGGCAGGCAAUCGAGUGCUACGGAGCCCACCUAGAGGAUGACGAGCCUGACGGCAAAGACACAUGGUUGUGGUGUGCCGUGACCAAGCGUUACUGGCCCAGAGAGCUGGUCAAAACAGCUCACAUCAUCCCAGCAGAUACUGCCGAGGGGACAAUCGAGUAUGCUUUCGGAGAGAUCGAUGACCGGGCUAUGCUUAAUUCGAUGCGCAACUUUAUCAUGCUCCACACCAGGAUCGCGGAGGCUUUUGAUCGGGGACAGAUAUCCAUCGUUCCGUCAUCGAGCCUUUCAGAGCAAGAUUCGGACCGUCCGAUCAGCCUUCGCCUCUUUUUCAUUGACCGACAGUUGGUUUUGGGCCAUCAGCAGGCUUUCAGAGCACUGGAUCGGCAGCCGGUUUACUGGAGUGAUCUCGCAGCAGACCCGGUCCUGGAGUUCCAGAACGACAAUCGACCCGGCCAGAGGAAUCUGUUCUGGCAUCUUCUGACCAGUCUGACAAAGGCCAAAAAGGCUGGCUAUGUUGGUUUCACCGACGCGCUGAAUGAACUCGAGGCCAAAGAGGUGUGGGCAAAGCCUCAGCCGUGGAUACAGAAGAGCGCACUGAAAAGCAUGGCGGACUUGUUCAUGAUGCCACAAAUCUACCGCCAAGAUGCUAUCAUGGACGACGAUCCCAAACUUCAGCAGAUCAAGAGGGACAUCGCCUCCCUUGCCAGCUUUAGGCUGUCCUCGCCUAGGCUGCAGCCGCACUUCGAGUGGGAGGAGGAGGAGGAAGACCACGAGCAAGAAGGACUGGAGGGUCUAGCGCAUCCCAAUUUUGCCCCAGAAGAGUAUUUUUCACCACAGGCACUUCUACCGCUGAGCCCAGGCACACCAGGCUGCGCGGCGACACCAAUACCUGAUCAAAUGGCACGUUAG